AAAUUCAUAUUCCUCUUAUAAUACACAGAGUUAAAUUAGGGGUUAUAAUUACAUUAGGUCUUUAGAUGGGCCAAGCCAAUCACGUACAUGUACGCAAAGGGCACGAAGGUCAUAGGAAUGGAAUUUAAUUAGGUAAUAGCAUUUAUGGCACAAUAUUAAAAGAGAACUAUAGAUCUAUGCACUAGGAGUCAGCCAUUAGAACUGCGGGAACAGCAACAUACCAGUAUAUACUUGAACAUGUCAGGGUAUGGUCAAGGCUAGCUACACAUACUUUCAUGUCUCUAUGUUGGUUUGUUUGGUGACUACCCGUGUCUGCUUAUAAGUAACAUUAUUCCGUGAAACGUAGCUGUUUUUAUUGGUACCUGACGUGAAAACAACGGCAGUCACUCAUGAGCUCUCUACGCACACCACCCUUGGCCAAACGCAAAGCCAACUUUACGAUGCUAGAGAAGAGCAUUCUACUCGAUCUAACUAAAGGCUACCCUAUAGUCAGCUCGUCGUCUAAGGAUUCUAAGACGCAGCGUAGCAAAGAUGAGGCUUGGCAAAUGAUCGCCGUUUUGUUCAAUGAUUCUGAAAAUAUUUCUGUACGUACACCACAAGAAUUGAGAAUUUGCUAUCAGAAUUUGCUUCAGAAGGCUAAAAAAGAUGAAAGCAUUCAUCAAAUUAGAAAACGCGAAGGGGUUUCAGAUCCUAAUAUUGGAGCACCAACAGUAAAACGAAAAGCAAAUUUUUCACCUUUGGAACGGAGUUUGUUGAUACAUUUAGCGAACCAGUAUCCCAUCGUGGUUUCAUCAUGUAAGGAUAUGAAAACGCAAAAAAGUAAAGAUGAAGCGUGGAAAUGCAUAGAAACAUUAUUCAACACCGAAGAAGACGUUUGCAACCGAACUUCUCAAGAAUUAAGAACUUGCUUCCAGAACCUCACGCAAAAAGCGAGAAAACAAGACGCUUUGGAGUGGCAAGAAUUGCAAAUGAUUAAAAUGGAGGCAUCAAGCGCUUCGCCAUCUUCCACGCCAUCUGUAACGGAUACUAUGCGUGCAUUUAUUCCACAUAUGUUUGAAUCGGUAGAAACAUCAAAAGAGAGUGAAGAUAAUACUAUUCAGCGAACCGAAGCACAAAAUAUGUUUGAACCACCUCCGUCGGAAUCGACUUCAGGGAGCCAUGCAUUAUCAGACACCCCGGAUCCACAUAUGCUCAACUCAAAGAUACCGACUUCGCCGCAAGUUAUGGAGUGCGAUUCCGAACCCCGUAGUUCAGUUGAAAAAUGGGAUGAACUGAAGAUGCGACUUAUGAUUGAGGAGCAUCAGGUUCGGAUAAAGUUGAUGAUGGAGGAGCAUGAGUGGAAACGGGAACAACACAAAUGGUUGCGGGAAGAGCACCGGAUCCGGCUAAACUCCUUGAUAAGAACGACAAACAAUCACGAAAUUAUAUCAAAUCACUUGAAAGUAUAACAAGGAACCAGAAUGUACUUUUGAAAUGUACAUGGUGCUCGGGUAUAGAAAACUGGAUAGGUGUAUGUGUGAAAACAGACCUCAGCUUGUAUUGAAAUAUAACCCCUGCCCCCCCAUACUCACUCCCUGUAACCUGUUAUCCUCUCUUUUUCCCUCUCUGCCCUUGUGUAAUCAUUUGCUGCAUACGUUUUAUAAAAUAGGUGUUCUGUGUUCUUACAUGAUUUGUAAUUCAUAUGAAAACUAACCUUGAAAUUGUAAACAAGCAAAAAGCUUAAUAAUAGAGGGUUGCUGUACAUGUUUACAAAUUUUAUCUGUGACAGGGUGUUUCUAGUUUGUUUUGGUAUUUGUCACUUAUUUGUCAGUGUAUGUCACUUAUUUGUCACAAUAUGUUGUCUGACUGAUAGUGAUAAUGAUAGUAAAAAUAGGAUUAUGAAAAGAAAUGUGUUGUUUUUAAAGUUGCGGCUCUUGAUCUAUGAUGAUCAACAAACAUUUUGAGAAAACUGUUUUACAUAAGUGUAAUGAUGAAGUUUUCCAAACGUCUUAUUCCGUCGUUAGCACAUCAUUUCUAUCAAUACUGCUUGAUUAUGUGCAUUUAAUUCUAAUUAUCGUAAUGUAUUUUUAACAAAAGUUAUGUAUAUAAUUGUUUAAAUGAUUAUUAUCAUGGUUGACCUCAAUAAUGAUUUCAAUGAAAUAUAGUGUGGUAAUCUAAAAAAAAAAAUUCAGGUAUAUCUAUAAGAUGGUGAAUGUUGUGAUGAUGGUGAUCGUGCUAAUGGGGUGGUGAUGAUGAUGGUGAUAGGAUAUUGAGUUGUAUUUGACUCGUUUAAUUUUGAUAAUAAUGAUGAUGAUGAUGAUGAUGAUGAUGAUGAUUGUAAAGUUAUAACCUCAGUGAUUCCUUGAUUAAGAAUAUGUAUGUAUUUGAUAUGUAUUCAGCUGUUUGGAUAACGUGAAUAUAGGAUUUUAAGUUUUUCGCGUUUGUAAAUAUAAAAAUCUGUAAGCCUGUUGUUGCCUUUAACAUGUGUGUGUGUGUGUGGUAGCAUUGCUCUAUUGUAACCAGUUGGUAUUUGGAGAAGCUGUAUCAUCUUCCUGUGUUUCAAAUUGCUAUUAUGGUAAUGUUAAAAGCUAUACAUUUCCCACUGAGCAAACCCUCUUUGAGCAAUAUAAAAAGGAUUUUAAUCUAUUUAGAUAUAUAUUUAUUAGAUAAACAUCCUUCAUGUGAGAAAAAUUAUUUUAUCUGAUUCAAAUUCUCAAGGAUAUACCACUUAGGGUCGCCUUUUUUAUGUCUUUACUUUAUUGGUAAUUAAUGCAAAAAUUCAUAUUUAUAUAUUUUAUUAAUAACAAUUGAGAUCUAAUUAGUCUGUAAAAUAUAAAAUCUUCUAGAUAUAACUAAAAAAAAUUCACCUAACUAUAGGUUUUCUAUGUGGUCGUUGUAUGUGCGCCCCUUAAAUCUUCCAGUGUUGUAAAUCUCAUCUUUAGCGUCUUGUUGAAAAAUUACUUCGUCAGCGGGUUGAUUUUGUUUUCGGGUAUUCAAAAUGGCAUAUUAAGUAAAAAUGUGUACGGAUCAGAAAUGCAAAUGAUGUUAAGUUGGUGGUUGGUUUUUGAAUAUUCAUUUUGUCAGGACAAAUGGUGGAUGUUACAUAAUAAUAUAUUAUGUUACAUAAAUGUUAAAGCUUUUUUUUUAUGUUUUUGGAAGAAGUAUUAUUUACACAAGGAAAAAAUAAAAACGAAAAGAAAAUAACUUGUGUUUUCAAGUUCAUUAUACUUAGUUUUGUGCAUGAGAUUCUCAUUUGAUAAUUUUAUUAUGUUUAAAAAGUUACAGUUUUUCGUAACUUUUAAGUUGAUGAUAUGCAAUUUUUGUUAUUGGUGGAAUAAUAAUAAUGUGCUUUCAUGAACUCAUAAAUUUCCUAUAAAGAGUAAUAUGAUAUUAUUCUCUGGGAUCUAGUGUUAUGUCCUGAGGGACACAGAAAAUCCCUGACCUUUGCAAAGCCAAUCCCUUCCUUCUAUGUUUUACCAUUCGUUUACCUUCUUUAUGGGCGUGAAAUGUACACGGACAGGUUUACUUAUCAGAAAUCGAGGGUGUACAUUCAUUUAAUGUUGGCGUUUGCCAUAUCAUUGCAUUUUGACAGAUUUUUUUUAAGGUUUUUUUUUUAUGUUUUCGGAAAAUAAUUUUGUGCAUAUUUUCUGUAAAUAAUUUACGAUAAUAUCUUGCAAAAUAAAAUUAUUACUAAAA